UCAUCUUCUCUCUGUUUUUACUGUUUGCAGGUUCUGUCCUCCAUGAUGGCGUCAGCUCUGCCCAGAACCCUUGGGGAAUUGCAGCUCUAUCGAAUACUACAGAAAGCAAAUCUCUUAUUCUACUUCGAUGCCUUCAUUCAGCAGGGUGGCGACGAUGUCCAGCAGCUCUGUGAAGCAGGUGAAGAGGAGUUUUUGGAGAUAAUGGCUCUCGUGGGCAUGGCUAGCAAGCCGCUGCACGUGCGUAGGCUGCAGAAGGCUCUGAGGGACUGGGUCACAAACCCUGGUCUGUUUAACCAGCCCCUCACCUCCCUGCCGGUCAGCAGCAUUCCCAUCUACAAGCUGCCGGAAGGGUCUCCGGCGUGGCUGGGGAUAUCCUGCAGCAGCUACGAGAGGAACAGCAGCACCAGGGAGCCUCACCUGAAGAUUCCAAAAUGCGCCGCCACGACCUGCGUGCAGAGCGUAGGCGCCGGCAAGUCCGACGUGGUGGGGAGCUUGUCCCUCCAGAGCGGCAGCGAGCCCCGGCUCUGGCAGGGGCAGCACACCACCGAGAGCGAGCACAGCCUCUCCCCCGCUGACCUGGGCUCUCCGGCCUCGCCCAGGGAGAGCAGCGAGACUCUGGACGCUGCCGCCGCGCUCUCCGUCGCCGAGUGCGUGGAACGCAUGGUGCCCUCCCUGCCCAAAAGUGACUCCAGCGAAGUCAAGGAGUUGCUGAAAACAAAUAAGAAACUGGCAAAGAUGAUUGGGCACAUCUUUGAGAUGAGUGACGAGGACCCUCACAAAGAGGAGGAGAUCAGGAAGUACAGUGCAAUAUAUGGCAGGUUUGACUCGAAAAGGAAGGAUGGCAAGCAUCUCACCCUCCACGAGCUAACAGUCAAUGAAGCCGCCGCUCAGCUGUGUGUGAAAGAUAAUGCCUUGUUGACCAGGAGAGAUGAACUCUUUGCACUAGCUCGGCAAAUCUCUCGAGAAGUUACCUACAAGUAUACUUACAGGACCACCAAAUCUAAAUGUGGAGAAAGGGAUGAGCUGUCACCAAAGAGAAUCAAGAUAGAGGUACAGUAUUAUGACUCCUGA